AUGUAUCUCUCGUUUCCGGCGUACACGGCUGUCUCGUUGCUCUUUCUACUAUCGUCACCCGUCUCAGCUCGCGCCUCGCAGUUUUCCAAGUAUGCACCGAUACAGAAUGAACGACACAGCAAGAUACUUGCUGUCCAGCAAGAGCAACUACAACAACAAAUCCCACAAAAACGUUCAAACCAUGCAUACUUAACUGAUGCCACGACACCCUUCUCUGUCAAUGGUUCUGCAUUGCCCGAGAUCGACUUUGAUAUUGGAGAGAGUUACGCCGGAUCGAUGCCGAUAGGGAACAGUACAACUGACAGUCUGUUCUUUUGGUUCGUGCCAACUGCAAAUCCAUCUGCUGGUGAUGAGAUCGUGAUAUGGCUCAACGGCGGUCCGGGCUGCUCAAGUCUGGAUGGCUUCUUCCACGAGAAUGGUCCAGUCAAUUGGGCUUCAGGCACAUACCGUCCAGUCCGGAACACAUACUCAUGGUCGAACUUGACUAAUGUGGUGUGGAUUGACCAACCGAUUUCGACUGGUUUUAGUACAGGAAAUGCCACUGCGACCAACGAGAAUACUGUAGCUUCGCAGUUUCUAGGCUUCUGGCGCAACUUUGUAGAUACUUUCGAGCUCAAAGGUCGAAAGAUUUACGUUACUGGCGAAUCAUACGCCGGCAUGUACUCGCCAUAUAUCGCGUCAGCAAUGAUUCAACACAACGACACCGAGUAUUACAACGUCAAAGGUCUGAUGGUCUACGAUCCAUCUAUUGGUCACGAUGGAGUGAUAUCACAAGCGCCUGCUCUCUCCUUUGUGAACCAGAAUCGCAACUUCUUUCCGCUGAACGACACCAUCAAUGCCCAAAUCAAGAAUAUUUCAAAGACUUGCGGAUUGGACACUUUUAUGGAUACAGCCAUGACAUUUCCUCCCAAAGGACCUCUCCCUCCACCUCCGUCAACAUACGAUGAAGUGUACGACUACGAGAAUUGCGACAUCUACGAUACCAUUUUCAACGCCAUCUUCGAGAUAAACCCUUGUUUCAACAUCUAUCAGCUUGGCCAACAGUGUCCUCUCCUCUGGGAUUCACUCGGAUUCCCUUACUCCUACGAUCAAUUUUACCUUCCGCAAGGUUACGCGCAACCAUAUUUCAACCGUACAGAUGUCAAGAAGGCCAUCCAUGCACCUCUAGACGUGAAUUGGCAGUUCUGUCUGCCGGGUUUAGAAAAUCCAAUUGUUGGUGGAGAGUCCGAUACUUCGCCUCCAUCUGGCUUGACCGGCGGACCACUGCAACAAGUCAUCGAGCACACCAACAACGUCGUUAUCGGUCACGGUACUCUAGACUUUGUCCUUUUCGCCAACGGUAUACUUGCUACCCUGCAGAACCUGACUUGGAAUGGCGUGCAGGGGUUUAGCGAGUACCCAUCGCAGCCAUUCUAUGUGCCGUACCAUGAUCAUCCAAUGGAGAGCAUGUCAGGUGCAGGCAUCUACGGAUCCUGGACUUCGGAGCGCGGACUCACGUUCGUGCUGACUGAAUUGGCAGGACAUUUUCUGCCGCAAGGAGCACCCUCUGCUGCGUACAGACAUCUUGAGUUUCUGCUCGGAAGGAUUGGAAAUCUGUCAGAGGUGUCGCCAUUCACGACUCAACCGGGCUACGAGCAACCGAGAGGGGUUCUGAACAAUUGA